AUGAAUCCUGCGCGUCGAGCCACACCGGACUCUGAGGCCGUGGCCUCCUCGGAGGAUGAGCGGCCAUGGCCGUCUUCGACAUCGUUCGGGAAGUUUCCUAUGAGGCAGAACAGUGUGCCUGGUCUGCCUGGUGGUAUCUGGUCGACGACGAGGAAGGGCAGCUUCAAGAUGUCGGAGGCGGCGCAGCGUAAUGCUGCUCGAGAUGCACGUCUGGCUGCUCCUGUUAAUCCAGCGCAUGCGGCGUUGAGGCCUGGCAAUACGCCUUCUCCCUCUGCGAGCGAGGGAGCAACCUUACCGUUUGCUAUACCGCUGCAGCCAACGCCAAAGACCGGUCGGUCAUUGUCUCAUUCGCAGGGCCAAUGCGAAGCUCCGCAAACAACGGGGGCUCAUGCAAGCGCGACUGCCCAAGUCGCAGCGCUCCCGCUUGGGCUUCUUGCGGAAGAAGCAGAUACAGACUCCGAAUCUGAGCUGGGGAGCAGACUUACGCAUACGACAUCUCAUCCUCCUAUAGGCUCUUUGCUGCGCACAGCAACAUUGCCAGCUACGUAUGCUCACGCUGGCUACGGGAUAGACUAUGACGACGACCGUUCUCCACCUCCGCAGACUGGGCUCCUUCGUGGAAAGACCUUUGAAUCUGCUUUUGCCAAUCUUGCUCUCGAUCAGCCCCAUCGCCGAGCCCAAUGGCAAAGCCAUCUUGGCUGGGAUAACGUGCCUAACGUAAACGAGUCGCGUCGCCACUCUUUGGCAGACAUACCUACACGCCGUGGUUCUCUGGCCGCCGGCGAGCCCAGCCAUCUUAAUAAAGCAUACACGCACCACGAGGCGGUCGAGGACGACUAUCAAGACUACGACCAUCCAUUGAGCCGCGCACAGCACGCUGUGGCAGAACAUCACAUACCAACAAUGUACCGCGUCUCUCCAGUCCAUCUGACCGACCAAGAGCAGCGCGAGCUCGACACACGCCGCAUGCAGCAGACGCAAAUGACACAGAACGUAUCAUGGGGCCCUGGAGGCAGUAAUAGACCGCGCAAGCAGCUCUAUAUUGUUAGCUUCAAGUGCUCACGCGUGGACGUCUUUUACCUGCUCGAUAACACCGGCCUGACCAUCAAGGACGGUGACAUGGUCAUUGUCGAGGCCGACCGUGGACAGGAUCUCGGUACGGUCCAGCAUUCCAAAGUCACUCCUGAUCACGCACGUAUCCUUAAGAAGAAGUACAGCGAAGAACAGUAUAAAUGGCUUAUGAUGUACUCUCGCAACAAGGAGGGAGGCUUCAACCCAAACGCACAACUCCACGGAGAGAGCAGCAUGAUGGGAGGAGGUGGACAGCUGUUUCCUGACGCUCCGGCUACCAUGCAAGGCACCAUACCACGCGACAACUUCAACAACCUCAAGCCAAAGGCCAUCAAGCGUCUCGCCAACAAUCACGAGAUUAAGAUGCUCGCUGAGAAGGAGGGAAAUGAGGCCAAGGCCAAGCGCACCUGCCAGCAGAAGGUGGCUCACCUGCGCCUGCAGAUGGAGAUCCUCGAUGCAGAGUGGCAGUGGGACUUCCAGAAGCUGAUUUUCUACUACUAUGCCGACCACUACAUCAAUUUCAAAGACUUGAUCACCGAGCUCUACCGUAUCUACAAGACCCGCAUCUGGCUCUCCGCCAUCAAUCCAGCCUCAUUCUCGCAGCAUGCUAUGGGCCAGCCACCCACCGGCAUCGGCCCAGGCGCCGUCGCCCCAAACAACCCAUACGCCGUGAACAGCGCUUACACGAUGUCAUACGGCGAGGACCGUGAUCCAUACGGUGCGCAGAUGCCGUACCAGAUUCCGUACGAUACCUACAAUCCCAACUACCCUGCCAUUCCCGGUGUCUCAAACAGCUUUGCGCCAGCAGCCUUGCCAACAUCGCAGCAGCCGAUGUACUAUGGACCAGCAGGAAUGACGGGUCAGGCCAUGAAUAGCUUGGGACAACAGACUGGUGAGGAGAGCGGUUCGAGCAGCAACCCAUAUGCCAUGGGCGGCACUACCUACACCUACCCCAUGUUUGCCUCGACCGAGCAGGGUCGAUCAAGCGAGUAUCGUCCAAACAGCAUGCUGGCUCAAGCCUACAUACAGGCGCAGCAAGUCGAGCCGCCAUCACCCAUGCAGCCUCUGAAUACUAUGCCCACAUUCGGUAGCCAGACCACUCCAUGGAACGCACAGCCGCAGGGCGCUUCAAAUGCAGGAGGCCUUGGUCGUCAGGCCGCACCACCAAACCCUAUCGGUACCGCACGACCAACUUCCAAUGGCAACGACUAUGGUGGCAUUGUAAGCGAUCCACAGCGCUCAGCCAUCCAAGGCAGCAACUGGAACCCACCAGGUCUUCAGUUUGGCAGCACCAGCUCCGCCACCUACCCAUUCAACCGUGGCAAUCAGAUCGACUCCGCCGGUCCAGCUCGCAAUCACCGCCAGAACGUCAUCGAUAGGCUCGAGAACGUUCGCCUCGGCGACGACGUUGACAAGGAACAGGCACGCGCUCAGAAUCUUGAUCGCUACUUCUCACGACUCGAUUCGGCAGAGGACUUGCCUGACAUGGGCGAUCGCUGA